CGCGUCCUCCGCCCCCCUCCUCGSCUAACUUCCUUUCAGCAUUUUUUAGAGCUGGAUAAUCCUAGGAUUUGUAAAACGGGGGAAAGGAGAGAGCGAGUGAGCGGGAGUCAGGACAGGAAGCUGGUUUCUCAUUCCUCCAACUGUCCGAAGGCAGGAGGAGGGGAAUGGGGGGAGCCAAAGAGGAGCCUUGUGCGGAGUCUUCCCCGGUCCCUUUUCAUUAGUCCGUUUGAACUUCCAGUCUCCUCCGAAAGCCAAGAGGAGGACGACCACAGUGGGACGCUUUCUGCUGCAAUUGGCGACAGAGCGACUGACGAAACCCAGGAGGUGGCUGUGGAGGGUCCCGGGAUUGCGCUGAGGGACAGACAUCCCCCCGACCAUCUCCUGCCCCCCAAAAUUGCCAGCUCUGAUGCGGGCACCCAUCCACCACCCACUCGCCUGUGAUGAGAACCCUUCUGGGCUCGGGCUAUGAUCGCUGCUGCUGCGGGWUCUGGAGCCUCCUCUCGCCCUGACCUUCUUCUGCCACAGGAGCAGCCCAGCAUCUGGUGGGGAUUAAUGUUUGCUGCUCUGGCUGGACGCUGUACGGGACCCCCGAUGUUGCUCCCCGGGAGCGGGACACGGGCGGUGGUCUGAGGAGAAGAGCAAAGAUUUUUGUCGCCCAGCGUGAGGCCGGGGGGAGGGGGGCAAGGCAGGAGGGGGGUGAACCUCUUUUGGGACUAACCUCAUGAAGAACAAGGGAGCCAAACAGAAACUCAAGAGGAAGGGAGCCGCSAGCGCGUUCGGCUGCGACCUGACGGAAUAUCUGGAGAGCUCUGGGCAGGAUGUCCCCUACGUGCUGAAGAGCUGUGCAGAGUUCAUUGAGACUCACGGCAUUGUGGAUGGGAUCUACCGCCUCUCAGGAGUGACGUCCAACAUACAAAAAUUGAGACAAGAGUUUGUGUCUGACCAAUGCCCAGAUCUGACAAGGGAAGUUUACCUCCAGGACAUCCACUGCGUGGGGUCACUCUGCAAGCUGUACUUCAGGGAACUGCCCAACCCUCUCCUCACUUAUGAGCUCUACAAGAAAUUCACGGAAGCAGUAUCACGCUUCCCUGAGGAUGAGCAGCUGGCACGGAUUCARAAUGUCAUCCAGGAGCUGCCACCAUCACAUUACAGAACGCUGGAAUACCUGAUCAAGCACUUGACUCAUCUGGCCUCCUUCAGCAACAUGACCAACAUGCACACCAGAAACCUGGCCUUGGUGUGGGCUCCAAAUCUCCUCAGGUCAAAGGAGAUUGAGGCAGUUGGCUGCAAUGGGGAUGCAGCUUUCCUGGAGGUGCGAGUGCAGCAACUGGUGAUCGAGUUCAUCCUGAACCACGUGGAUCAGAUCUUCAGCAACAACAGGAAAGCCAGCUCUGCAGAGAACAUUGAGAGCGCAUCAGUUGUGAAAAGUUUGACCCUCCCCUCGGCCUCGCUGCCAAUGAAACUGGUGAGCCUAGAAGAAGCACAGGCACGGAGCCUGUCUGCAUCCCACCCUGCUCGGAAGGAGAGGAGAGAGAACAGCUUGCCUGAAAUCGUGCCUGUGAUUGGGUCCCUCUUCCACACAGUGGUUGACCUUCCUGACAGCAAGAGGAAAUUAUCCACCAAGUCCAAGAAAUGGAAGUCAAUAUUUAAUUUGGGCCGCUCUGGCUCAGAAUCAAAGUCUAAACUGAGUCGAAAUGGGAGUGUCUUUGUAAGGGCACAGAAGCUCUCUGAAAAAGCAACGAUUCGGCCCGCAAAGAGCAUGGACUCGUUGUGUUCCCUGCCUGUGGAAGGGGAGGAUGACAAAAGCAGGUUCAAGCGGUCAGUGACUACWGGAGGAUUCUUUGUUCCCACCAAGAGGACAGGAGGCACAGGCAGCUCGUAUGACCUCAGCAAGGAGAAUGAGUGGGAGCGGGAAGGAUCUGCCAUGGGGGCCAAAGGAAGUUCAGAGCUGAGUGGGGAGAAAGGCCCUCCCUGGACACCGCAGGUGAAGUCACCCCCUGAGCAGCUGAAGGUUUUCCGGGUGGCAGAGGAUGCCGAAAAUGAGCAGAUUUCAGCCAAAGGAGUGCUCAUGUUCUACACAUCUGAAACAGCCACCAAGUCAGGCUUCCCAAGCAGCCUCUUUCCCUUGGAGGCCUCUCCUCGUCACCAGAGGAAAGCCCUGAACAUCUCGGAGCCGUUUGCUGUCUCUGUCCCACUGAGGGUAUCGGCAGUGAUCAGCACCAACAGCACGCCCUGCCGUGUGCCCUCCAAGGAAAAACAUUCCCUUUCCAGUCUAGAGGAGCUGUCUUCCCUGGUGGAGAGCACCAGCCCCUCUGCUCCAGAACCAGGGACCCACACAAGGACAGAGCAGGCAGCAGAGCACAAGGAGAAGCAGCCAGGGCCAGCUGUGCCUGUGGCAGCAUCCAGAGGCACUCACCCUGAGGAGCUGGUGGCAGCCAAGAAACCCGAGUCCUUGGAAACUCCGCAGCCAGCAGCAGAAAAUCAAGAGAUUUGUGGGCAAAACAGCUGCAGAAGCAGCACCAGCAGCCCCCAGCAGUCCUCAGAGCACAGUCCCACCUUGGAACAAACACCAGCCUUGGAGCUCCAUAAGGGGCCACUCCCGGCAGGCAAAGCAGAGCAAGGACUGCUCAAGAUGAAGGAUGUCUCCUCUGAAGGCAGCUGUGACCAGCAGGAGGUUGAGAUGGCUAAAAUGGAAGACAGAUCACACCUGAGAGAUGUGACUGAGGAGGACUCGGCAAAUGCCCUUCUAGAGCCACUGUGGCCGGAGAUCCAGCAGGAACUGAAAAUUAUUGAACCUGAAGAGGAGCUCUUGCUCUUGCCAGCAGCUGUCCCCAAGACAAGCCMAAUUUCUGAAUCCUCUUCUUCAGCACAAACAGAGAGCCUUUCCUCAGGCCCAGGGCCAAGUCCAACACUCCCUGAGCAGAAAUCUGYGAGCGGAGCAUCACAGCUGACUCAGGUGCCUUUACUGGGUGCCAGUGGCAUGGAGCAACAAGACAGCCUUUCCAGCUGCCAGUCUGAUGCAGAUGUGCAGCAGAGCAGUGCUUCAGCCCUGCCCAAACUGGGCACUGUUCCAGCAGGCACAGCCACUCCAAAGAACCACCCCCCACUAGUGGACAGCAGGAGUGAAUGUCUCGCUCCUACCAUGGACUGGAAGAUUCAUGGUCAGUCAGAAUUUAGUGAGAUUGCUCCAAGUGAUGGGUUUUCUUGUUCCAAAGGAGCAUGUCCAGAAUCAGGGAAAGAAAAGGAUAACACUUGCCAGGUGCAGAGGGAAAAGGAUGRUCUUAGCAGAGUCCAGACUCAGAGGGAGAAGCAUGAGAUAAUGACUGCUGAUGAAAGGGACCCAUUCUCCUCCAAGGCACUGAGUGGAGCUGGAAUCCAGGAGGUGAAGGAAGGCAGUGCUGUUAGCAGAGCGCAGGAURCCGGUGACCAGGAUGAUGAGGACGYCUGGACAGAUAACGUGCAGAGCUUAGAACUUGUGGAGCCRUGGGAGGAUCACCAGUGGGUAACGAGCCCUCUCCACUCCCCCACCUUUAAGGACAUUCAGGAGAAGAUGAAACAGGAGUUGCAGCCACAGAGCCAGAGAGCAGAGACAGGCCUUUCUCUCAGACCACGGUUCAGCCGCAGCCUGUCCCUGGACAGCAAAGACACAGUGCUGAGUCUGUGGACUGCCCCAUUCCCUUUCAUAGAUGCCACUGACCAGCAGCAACCAUGCAGUGACAUUCUGCAUUCAGUGACUUGUGAGCUGUCCAAAACACAACCCRUGUCCCCCUCUAGUUUGGACAAAGCUAUGCGAGAUGAGAAUGGCCCAAGUGCUCCAGAGGAACCUUCAAAACCUGAGUACACCCUUACCAGGGAGAAAGCACUGAGUGAGAAAGCAGAACCUUCCAGAGUCCUUCUUUCAGAGGCAGAGGGGAAGAACAUGCACGUGAGCAAAGAAAACCCUUGGAGCCCAAAGCUUGAGCUGUCUUUGCCAUACCAAAACAUCCCAGGCAGUUCCUCACAGACAAAGAACACAAAAGAGGAAUUAUCCAUCUCUCAGGACACUGCCCUGGGAGGAGACACUGUCACCAAAGCCUUGUGCUGUGCUGCUGAGUCACAACUGAGUAACAAAGGUGAAGAAACACCUCGCAAAGCAAAGACCAGGCCUUCRUCCCUCAACUUGGAUUCACUCCUCCCAGCCCCAGACUUCUUCACCUUUGAGAGCCUGUCCAUGCCAUCUGCCCCUGGCAGCCUCCUGUAUGGGCAGAAAGAAGUWAAAAGCAGCGAUUCUGUCCCAUCCCUGCCCACACACUGCCCUGCUGCCAGUAGAGGUGUUCCCUGGGGGUCUCGUUUCAACACCCCCAUGGAUCUGGACCUGGAUUAUCUGGCUGUGGCCCACGCCACCACCGGCCGSCGUAACUCUGCCCCUGUCAGCGUGUCAGCAGUCAGGACCUCCUUCAUGAUUAAAAUGUGCCAGGCCAGAGCCGUGCCSGUGAUACCGCCCAAGAUUCAGUACACCCAGAUCCCUCAGCCCCUGCAGGCUCAGAACGCCGCUCCGGCUGCUGAGAAGAAGGAAGCCGAAGCCAAGCAGGCUGUCAGGCAAGCUCCACGUGUGGCAUGGAGUCACCUGGAAGCCCCCAAGAGCCCGCUGACAGAGAAGAAAGCCAAAGCAGAGAAAGAAAACAGCGACCCGGCUCAAAAGGCCUCAGCCUGUCCUUGGCAUGGCAGCCUCRGCUCUCCGCUGGAGCCUCAGCCCGGCCAUCACCCUGCUCUGGAUGCCCCUGUCCUGCGCCGAAAACGCACCUCAGGCGGGGAGACAGCUGGAGAUAACCCACAAUCUUCAAAGAUAGAGAGGCCCUCAGGGUUCUCCAAACCCUCCUACAGAUCCAGGCCCGGCAGGCCCCAGAGUCUGAUUCUCUUCAGUCCCCCUUUCCCCAUCAUGGACCACCCCGCCUCCUCAGCWGACUCCAGGGUGUUGUUGUCCCCCAUCAGGAGCCCCACUCUCACCACCUCUCUGAGCCCCAUUUGCGGCGAUCUGUCCGACACGGCGCGGACAACGCCCGAGGGGGUGACGCUGAGGAACAAAAUGACCAUCCCCAAGAACGGCCAGAGACUGGAGACCUCCACCAGCUGCUUCUACCAGCCCCAGAGGCGCUCUGUGAUUCUGGAUGGACGGAGUGUCAGGCAGAUUGAGUAGCAGCUGCUUCUCCUGUUCCUUUUCUGGGAUGGUUGUAAUGGGAGUGUCUGAGACCAGCUCUGUUGACGUUUUGCUGUUGUUAUAACUAAUCUGUGCAAGAUGGACCUGAAUCCUUUAUGGUUCCCUGCAAAGCUUUUUGCUGUGGAAGGUCAUAGUCUCUAUGCUUUUCCUUCCCCUUGUCUCCCCUGCCUAAUCCCUCAUGGUCUGUAUUUUUUAUGGUAAGCCAGUCCCAGGGAACCUGCAUUUCUCACACCURUUUUCCAACAAGCCCUGUGAAAGUCUCAUCCUCCCUCUGGAAAAAAAAAAAAAGGAAAAGUAAAUCUCCGUAUAAUUAGAAAAUGGGGCUGAGAGGAAACACUGUUAAAACACUCCAGCCCAGGGUGSAGGGGCACAACAUCUGCUGAGGAGGUAAGUCCAGAUGUUUGGGAACUCCUACCAUUGUUACCCAGACACCAGUGAAGGACUUUCUGAUUUAAUCAGUGUAAAUAAACAGUGCAGGAGGCUGGGGAUAGCUGAAGAGGAAGAGGAAGGUGAAGCUGGCAUGAGCAAAUCACGCAGGGUGYGAGACACAAGGAUGUUCCAGUGAUAAACACGCAACCUGAAGAUGCUGCCUCCAGCUCUCUCCUUGCAUCAUAGAUGUGCUCUUUCCAGCAUGAGCAAGGGCUGGAAUGGAAGCAGCUGGGCAGGAAAUGUGUAGUUGUUCUUUCAGCCUUCCAAGCCUUGCUCGUGAGUUUUGUGUGCUCAGYCACAGCUUCCUCGGGCACACAAGAUCCGUGUGGCUGAGGCAGGAGUGUGCAGCUGGCUGCCCAGUGGUGGAGACCCCUCAGGCUGACAGCAAUGAAAGCCAAAGCAAGGUCAUUACAAAGGCCAGUAUCAACUAUUUUCAUCACUGCCUAAAGCCARAUGACACCUCUGCAGCUGUCUCCAGCUGGGCUCCUCACCGCCAACAGCAGGCAGAAGCCAGAGGAUCUUCUUAUCUCCCUGUCCUUGGGCUUUUGACCUCUUGCACCCUGACUGUUUGACCCUUGGCCUUUCAUUGCCACUGUGUGGCGUGUCCCCAGGUGCUUCUUCUCCAUUUGAACUCCCUUCCCUAUGAUUUUACAGUGUUUCUUUGGGAGUGUGGCUGGUUGCCACCUCCCUGCACCUCGGUGCUUUCGGAUUGAUUGUGAGUACAGUAAAGAGGAUGAUUUGCGGGACUGCAGAACAGAUCAUGAACAAGUCCUGAGAGGGGGAUUUGAAGUGAAUUAAACUCUCUCCUGAAGGGAAUGUUAAUGUUAGAGGCAGAUACAUGUUCAGAUAUGCAACAGCUGCCAUGGGAAUAGAAUUAAAGCUUCCUUUAUAAAGCCUCCAACUCUGCAUUCAGCACAGGUUUGUCUAUUGCCUGAUCUAUGACUGUGGGUGAUAGCAAAGUCAGGCACAGCUUGUGCUGUCUCUGCAGUUUAUGUGUCACUGGUGGCUGUGGAGGUGACAGGAACACAGGUGUUGCUGCCAGCACUGAGAUUGUCCCUCUAAUGGACUUGCAGGGGCCAUCAUUCCUGGAGAUGUCUGAGUCCCAGGCCCUCGGAUGAUUAUCAUGGGCUGUAGUUUAGGCACUAAACUGUUCGGAAGUGUGAUAGCCACAGUGAAUGUCAGCCAGAACUUUCCAAAAGAUGUGUGUUUUGGGCUUUGUUUUCUGAAGUACUGGAAAUUUCCAGUGGUUAGUAAACUCAACCCAUGAGCUCGUAGUCUGUACUGACUGUGUCACUUUACUAGUGCCAUUGUGGCUGGGGGUCCCUGAACCCCCCCCAUACAGUGCUGUCUCUGAACUCUUUGAUUGCCAAGGGARAGACGUUCUGGAGUAUUUUUGAGAAGUUCUGGGCCCACAAAURCAAGGAAUAUAUCUUCAGCAGGAUUUUCUCCUUCCAUGUCCAAAGGGAAUGUGAAGAAACAAGAGGGCUUUUCACCAGUUGCAGUCUUUGAUCCUCCCCGCUGCACCUUUUAUUUGUGUAUAGCACCACAUGGGAACAGAGCAGAGAACUAAGUACACACUGUCAGUUUUCUUGAGGGAGGUUAUUAAACCAGAUGAGAGCCUGGAGUUCUUAUUUGGGUCCAUCUUCUCUCUCAUACAGCAGCCUAUGCUUUACCUGGUCAAGCUGUGGACAGCAGGCCCAGAAUAUGCAGCUUCAUGAUGAUUGUAUUAUUCUACUCUCAGACCAUAAUAUGCCUAUGCAGCCUCUUAUUAAAAACAGGGAUUUUCCAGUCCUUCAUGCUCCUCACAGUUAUUGCAGUUCCACACUGCAUUUACAUGGCAUUGMCUCAUGAGAAAGCUUUUAAUCACCAUGGCUGGUUUAACGACAAAGGAAGGUGUGAUAAGAGGUAUUGUGGUAAGGCUUUAGGGGAAGUAAAAGUUAUGGAAAUGAUGCCCAGGUUUUUUUUUUGGCAUCAGCAAAAUAGUUUACCAUGGACAAGGACUUAUAUUCUCACAGUUCCUAGAAGUUUUGACUGCCAGGGCACCUGUAAGGGAGCUAGAGAAGCUUACAAAGUAAUGUAUCAAAAGAAAAAGAAAAUUUCAUGAAACUUUGGCGUGUUAAAACCAUUUUUCCCCCCUCCUUAUUCUCAUAGAAGCUGAUCCAUGAACAAGAAAUGAGGUGUGGCAAUUUGUAUAUAAUACACUGUYUUGACUCUUAACAGCAUUCCAGUAAGUAAGAGUGCUUUUGGCAUAAGUGGUGAAAGUCCCGCGAGAGAAAAUUAUUAGAAGACUUUACUUAAUAUUAAAGAUCAGCCUCAACUAAAAUCUGUAUCCAGACUAUACUUUUUAAGGUUGUUUCAGAAUUUGAACUCAGAUCUGGGUCCUAGAUUUUAAUUAAUCUGAGAUACUGCAACGAUAUCUCUAUUUUGUAGCUUAAUCCCAUUUUUUUAAUCUACAAUUUCAUCUUCAGCCUUCAGCUGAUGUAUCAAGAGCACUUAAAACAAAGCCCCGGAUCCUGCAGAGAUGAAAGCACGUUUUUAGUUGCAAGGUGCCCUGUUGCACAGGUUCAUCAUUCCCAGCUCCAGACUCAGCCUUCUGCAGAGUCUGUAAAGUUUGAUGAAGGAUCUGGUACUGGUAACUGCAGUCAGUUUGAAGGACCAGAGCAUGGGAUUUGGACAGGACCAGAAGACAAAUGCCAUCUCCCAUUGAAUGGUGCUGACUUGGUGGCAGGACCUUCCUGAGCUAUCCCUGAUGYUGGUUUCAGGGUCAGACCUGAUCUCCUUAAGAAAGGAUUUUCUUCUUUGUUGUGGCCUUUUCUCCUUGGUUUUGGGUUUGGUUUUUUUAUUGGUUUUGUUUGUUUAUUUGUUUGGGGGUUUUGUUUCUGUUUUUCCUUUUUUUAUCUGUGAAGCAUUAUGAAGAGGGAUAAAUCCGGUUUAUGGGAGAUGAGUCUGGCCCAGGAAAGCCAAGCUGGUUUUUCUUGGUAUUAUUGAAAGGACCUUCCUAAAUAGGCUGGCUCAUCAUCUGCAGCUCCACAAGGAUCACUUCAGGGACCCUGCAGUACAUUUCAGUUCUCCUGAGACUGUGAAAAGUAAAGGCUAUUCCCCAGUUUGCAGAUGGCCCCAGUAUCAGACAUGACAAAAUAUCACCAGCACAUGUUGCUUGUGGACUUUGUGGUGGAAGACAAGUGAGUAAAUUUCACUUAUUCUUCCCAUGUGGUCCAAGGUUGGUGCAGCUUCUCUUAAACGUAGCUCAGAGUGAAAUGGCUGAGCUGGCAAAGGUGAGAAUCCCUGAUGGAAAGGAGGGAUGUGGAUAAUGUUAGCUUGUGUGGGAGCUGCCUUGCUGGCAGGAGAGAAAACAGAAAUGAGGAUUAUAUUUCACCUUAUAAACCCCAGUCCUCUGGCUGUCCAACUCAUGCUAUCGCUGUAGAAAGACUGUAGUACCAGUUUUUUCACCUUUAGAGCUUCAGAGGAACUUAAAUCUGUAUUAGAGAGCAUCCAUGAAGCCUGCAACGUUUUCCCUCAUCCAGAGUCCAAAUGGUGCAAUCAAAAUAUUUUUUUUUCUUUCUUUAUGGAUUCUGAAAUGCCUGCAAUGGUGAAUAUCUUUUAAAUUUAUAUAUAUAUAUAUAUAUAUAUAUAUAUGUAAAAGAUCAUUCUAUAUAAAUGUAUGAAAAAGGAAAUGUAAUUAAAAUGAAGGAAUUACCUAAAUAGUAUUGUACACAUCUGUGAAACUUGGGCUGAUGCAUGGAACUGUUUUCUGCUGCUACGUUUGCAGCACUGAGAGUGUGAGAUCAAAUGGCUUUUUGCCCACAGAGUAGCUAAUUAGUUCUGGUAAUCAGUGGUGGGCAGAAGGCYUGAAUCUGCCUUGCUGAGAAGGAUCUUGUCCAGGGAAAGGAGGGACAAGAUCUGGGGAGACCAGAGUUCAAGGGCUGAUUUAGCUUUCCAUCACAAGCUUCUCCCCAGUCCUUGAAAAUGCAAUCUACUGAAGCACAUACUACCUUUCAGGCAUGCCCAGGUUUUGCAGUUGUCCCUUUUGCUUCUCUCCAUCUCUAGAAAAAAAAAAAAGAAUAAAAAUYUCUAGGGGUGGGGGAGAAGCCRCAGCUGAUCUCUGUUUUGUUUAACCUUUGCUUGCCUCUGAUUGAUGCAAAGGCUUGGUGAUAACUAAUUCUGCUCCAAGAAAGGAAUGGAAAACUUCCCACUGAGUUCAACUGGAGAUGGAAUAGGACUUUGACAGCCUCAGAAAGGAAGGAUGGCAGAAGGCAACAGCUUUCUGAGGGCUCCAUGCAGCAGUCCAGACCUUGGAUCUUGUGCUUGCARGCACUGGUCCCCUUUGAAAUAUUAUUUGCUGCCAGGUCAAGAGAAGGGCUGGAAGUUGGACACUUUGAAGAGGACUUCUCCAUCCCACUGGCCCUGGUUUGUGAUUAUUUUUCCUGCUAGCUCUGAUGAAUUGCAGUUUUGUUAAGCUUUU